UGACAGAUGCAAAUUAUCAACUCUGGAAAACAAACAAUUUCAUGGUAAAAAGGUGGAUUGCAGGAUGUGUUGAUGAAAAAAUCAUGAUGAGUCUCCAAGGUUGUAUUACAGCCUAUGAUGUAUGGAACAACCUCAAGAAGAAAUAUACAAAGAGAAAUGGAACCAGAAAGUCACAACUCAUCAGGGAAAUCUCUUCAAUCAAACAAGGGGAGUUAUCAAUUAUGGAUUUUUUCACAAAGAUUAAGACUUUGUGGGAUGAAUAUGCAACAUACAGAAGAAGACCAAAGUGCAAGUGUGGAAAUUGCUACUGUGAUUUACUGGAAGAAAUCCUAAUUGAAGAAGAAGAAGAAAGAGUGUUGCAAUUUCUACAUGGACUUAAUGAUGAGUACAAGACUAUAGCUAGUCAGAUCCAGCUUAUGGAGCCUAUGCCAGACAUGGACAAGACUCUAGGCAUGGUAUGUGAAGAAGAGACAAAAAUCAAGAUGGAACACAAGCUCAACAGGUUCAAAGUUAUUUGGCAAUGAAUGUUCAAAAGACACAACAGAAUAGUAACACAAAUGGAGGACAGCAAAGAUUUCAAUCAAAGGGACAAAACUUUGAUAAGAACCAGAGAUUUCAAAAGAAUGUCAACAACAAUGGACAGAGACCAAGAAAUAACACAUUCUGCAGUCAUUGCAAGAAAGAGGGACAUACCAUUGAUGUAUGUUUCAAGAUCCAUGGCUAUCCAAAUGACGGUUUCAAGAGACAGAGAACCAGUCAAGGCCCCUGGAAUCAAAACAAAAAUUAUUCAGCAAACCACAUUCAAGGCAGUGGAAACAACAAUUCAGAAAUGUCAAGCAAUUCAAACAAGAUGGAAUUCACUGCUGAACAAUAUGAGAAGCUGAUGUGUUUGCUGAAUGCCAAUCAUGCAGAGUCAAAUUCAAAUGUGGGCUUUGUUGCUAGUGUGGGAGGACUUGAGCACCUGCAGGAAGAUUGGAAUGGAAAGUUUACUUAAAGGAAUCUAUUUGAUGGGAGAAACUGAUGGAAGAACUAAAGAAACCCAAGGAAAUUUCGUGAGAGCAGUGAAUGGGAUUUUGUGGCAUAGGAGAUUGGGACAUCCUUCACAUUUUGUAACUAGACUGCUAGGGGAUGAAUUUUAUAAUGAUUUUGGUGAUUGUAAUGAAUGUUUAUUGGGUAAAAUGAAAAGAAAGAAGUUUAACAUCA